AUGGGAGGGGGCGAGUUGGGAGGGGAAUGGAGACAGAAAGGGAGGGGGCAAGUUGGGAAGGGAAUGGAGACAGAAAGGGAGGGGGCGAGUAGGGAGGGGAAUGGAGACAGAAAAAGAGGGGGAAAAGUAAAGAGGGGAGUGGAGACAGAAAGGGAGGGGGUGAGUUGGGAGGGGAAUGGAGACAGAAAGGGAGGGGGCAAGUUGGGAAGGGAAUGGAGACAGAAAGGGAGGGGGCGAGUAGGGAGGGGAAUGGAGACAGAAAAAGAGGGGGAAAAGUUAAGAGGGGAGUGGAGACAGAAAGAGAGGGGGCGAGUUGGGAGGGGAAUGGAGACAGAAAAAGAGGGGGAAAAGUUAAGAGGGGAGUGGAGACAGAAAGAGAGGGGGCGAGUUGGGAGGGGAAUGGAGACAGAAAGGGAGGGGGCGAGUUGGGAGGGGAAUGAAGACAGAAAAAGAGGGGGAAAAGUUAAGAGGGGAGUGGAGACAGAAAGGGAAGGGGCGAGUUGGGAGGGGAAUGGAGACGAAAAGGGAGGGGGCGAGUUGGGAGGGGAAUGGAGACAGAAUGGGAGGGGGCGAGUUGGGAGGGGAAUGUAG